GCACUAUAGUCACAAUCUUGUAAACCUUCUCUAUAUAUAACAAGCACAAGAAAGUUUUAUUUGAACUCAUUACUCACAUAUCAUUCUACAAUCUUUUUUCAUCUAAUAACAAAUCAUUUUUUCCAAUAUGGAACCUUUCAUAAUUAUUUUUCUAUCCCUUCUUUGCUAUGUCAUUUUUUUCUUCUGCAGCCUAAUUUUCCACAGAAGAAACCAAUCCUGCUACAUGCUAGAUUAUGAGUGCUACAAACCCCCCGAAAACAGAAUGCUCGACACAGAAUCCUGUGUCAAGCUUGUCAUGAGGAACAAGAAUCUCGGAAUCGAACAAUACCGGUUUCUGUUGCAAACGAUUGUUAAUUCCGGGAUAGGAAACGAAACAUACGGCCCGGAAAACAUCAUCGAAAGGAGAGAAGAAAAUGCGUCUUUACGCGAUGCAUUUUCGGAGAUCGACGACAUCAUGUUCGAUACACUCGAUAAUCUGUUUAAAAGAACGGGAAUUUCUCCGUCGGAAAUCGACAUACUCGUCGUGAAUGUUUCGUUAUUCUCUCCGGCGCCUUCGCUGACAGCUCGAGUAGUUCGGAAGUAUAAAAUGAGGGAAGAUAUUAAAUCUUUCAAUCUGUCAGGAAUGGGGUGUAGUGCAAGUAUUGUAGCUGUUGAAUUAGUUCAACAGCUUUUUAAAUCUUGCAAGAAUAAAAUAGCACUUGUUAUUAGCACGGAAUCAAUCGGUCCAAAUUGGUAUCUCGGAAAAGAAAAAUCAAUGUUGCUAUCGAAUUGUCUGUUCCGAUCCGGAGGUUGUUCGAUGAUCCUGACGAACAAUCAAGAUUUGAAGAAUAAAUCAAUAUUCAAAUUGAAUCAUCUAGUCCGUACACAUAUCGGAUCGAACGACGAAGCGUACGGAUGUUGCAUACAAGAAGAAGAUGAUCAAGGCUAUGGAGGUUUUCUCUUAACAAGAAGCUUAACAAAAGCCGCCGCGAAAGCUCUUUCGAUGAAUUUACGAGUCCUAGUUCCGAAAAUCUUGCCCGUUAUGGAAUUAUUUCGAUAUAUUCUAUCUCGUAAUCGGAACCCCAAAAGCAAGACUUCGAAUCUUGAAUUAGUGGGAUCGGGCUUAAAUCUUAAGACAGGGGUUGAACAUUUCUGCAUACACCCGGGCGGAAAAGCUGUGAUCGAAGGGAUCGGAAAGAGUUUAGGGCUAAACGACUAUGACCUCGAACCGGCUCGAAUGGCGCUUCAUCGAUUCGGAAACACGUCGGCGGGCGGUUUGUGGUAUGUUUUAGGGUACAUGGAAGCAAAGAAGAGGCUAAAGAAAGGUGAUAGAAUAUUAAUGAUUAGUCUUGGAGCAGGAUUUAAGUGCAAUAAUUGUGUUUGGGAGGUAAUGAAAGAUUUGGAAAAUGGUAAUGUUUGGAAAGAAAGUGUAGAUAAUUAUCCUCCUGAAAAAGCACCGGUUAAUGAGUUUUUGGAAAAAUAUAGCUGGAUUAAUGAUGAAUAUCUUAGUUUUGUUCAAAUUGAUGAAAUGAAAUCAAAGUUUAUGUAGCUAGGAAUUAAUCUUCAUUAAUUGUACUUCUUAUGAGCUAUUUUGGUUUUAAAUUUGCAUUGUAUUUUGGGUUUAAAAUAAUGUUUAAUUGUUGAUCUUGGUUUUAGGAAGAUUUACUGGAGCAAAUUAAGUGGAAGAUUAUAAUAGGAUGCAUUAUUACCAUGUAUUGAUUUCUUUAUAAAGGUGAUGUAUUGUAGUUUUAAUGUUCAAUAUAUGAAUUUAAUCUUAUACUUGUUUUAA